UCAGUAGGUGCUCUACGGAUUUCAUCAAGUCUAUAAAUAGCCAAGAGGAUAUCUCGUCUUGAACUCACGCACCACAUUACUACGUACACAAUCUUCUAUAUAUAGCUAAUAGCUUCUUGAGUAAAAGUAAUACACUAGUGAUCUUUGGGUGUUAGCUGAGCAUUAAGCAAAGGAAAUAAUGGCAUCACUUCAAUGCGAGAGGAAGGAGGAAGAAGUCGUAGGUGCUGCGCAUAUCAGCUCAGAGGAGAAAGCAAGUUUGGAUGAGAUAAUCAAGCACGCAGAGGACUCUUAUGUCUCUGAAGAUGUCGUUGCGAAACAUGGUGGCCAUGGUCUGUGCACAGCUGGUGGUCAUGAUCAUGGCCUAUCCGCGGAAGAUCGCAUGGUCGGGGGUAUAAACCUAGGCUUCCGUAUAGUCGCGAUAGCAGGAGGCUUGAAGAAUCAGACAAAGGGAUCUUUGAAAAUUUCAGACAGCAAGAAAUGGGCGGGACAUGUUGUCAAAAACUUCCCUAAUCCUCUCAGUAAUAUGGGUGCUUUCUCUUUUUCGGCCAUGUCGGCAACGGGUGUUAAGGCCGGGGUGGCUUAUGCUGGCAAGAAUCGUGCUGGUGUUGAAUGUGCAUGGCUCCUUGCUUUUGCGGACACUACGGCUACUAAACGUAGGAUUUAUGCAGAGUGUGGCCCUAAAAGCAAAUUCAACCGUAUUGAUUGGGCAAAAAUCGAACAGAAGCUAGUUAAUGCUGGACAACUAGCUAAAGCCUCUGACAAGGCGACUGGAACUUCGGUGUAUGCUACUAUUACUGGCUCCAGUGGCAAAGACGUUGUUGCUGCAGCCUUCACUGGUUAAACACACAUAUAUAGUACUUCGUGCAUAUACUACGUAGGAUGUGGAUCACUAUUAUAGUAUUAUAUAUAGUUGCUCCAUGCAAGUACUUGUGUGGAUCAACUAUAUGUGUAUUGUAUAUGAUUUACUUCGUCGUUGGUGUGCGGUUAUUUCAGUAUGUUUUAGUUUUAUUAUUAUGAGGGCCAAGCACAUGUAGGCUGUAAGAACAUGCUAUCUACCUGCAUGAUUCAACCGUGCAUGUACUCAUAUGUAUAAUGUAUUACCUAUAAAUAAAAGUCCCUCUUUUAUUA